AUGGAAAAAAAGAAAUCACUUAGUAUCAAGCAUUCAUCAAAAGAUGAUGCAGUUUCAUAUAGACUGGAGCAUGAACAUUUGGAGGAAAAAUAUUCUCGAAUAAAAGAUAUUCUAAAGAAAGUUCUCAAAGAUUUAAGAGAAGAAAGAGAGAGAACACAGUCAUUAAAAAAACAAUAUGACAAAUUGAGAAAAGAAGUGAAGGAAAAGGAUGCUCUAUUAGAAAAAUUGCAGUCAGUUUCUGCAGCAGUUAUAGAUGAAUUUAGCACUCUGAAAACUAAAUAUGAAUUGGAAACUGAAGCUUCAAGUAGCGUUCUUAAAAGAGCCACAAAAUACUUUCAAGAAAAUCAAAUGUUGAAGAAAAAUGUCAUUAUACUACAAGAUCGAUCUGGUAGUUUAGAGCCAGAGAUAGCAGAUUCUGAUAAAGAUUCGGAGAAAAAUCUUUCUGAAAUAGAAAUAUUGCACAAUGUUACCUCAGAAUUGCGAAGUCAAGUGGCAAGUUUGAAAACACAGAUGCAUCGUGAAUCAGAAAAACAAAAGAGCUUGAAAGAAGAUUUUGAAAUAGCUAAGAAAUUGUAUGAGGAAGAAAUGAUCGACCAUAAUGCUACUAAAGAGAAGCUGCAAUUAUUGACAAAAGAAGCGCAAUUGUGUGCUAAAUCUGAAGUUCAUGAUCCUUCUGCAAAUGCUGAAAAGACUGGUGCUUCUCGUAUUGAAGAAUUGCAAAACAAAUUAAAAGUAAUGGAUGAAAAUAAGGUAGCUAAGGCAGAUACUGAUGACAUCACAAAGCAUUUAAAGCUUGCUGAGCAGCAAUUAUAUACAUGUGAAAGGAAAAAUGCUACUCUUGAGCACAAAAUUCAGGAGCUUGAAUGCCAUAAUCAAAGGUUAAAGGCUGGCAUACUCCCUGUGAAUGCUGUACCACCACCACCGCCUCCACCACCACCUCCACCACCAUCUUUCAAUCCAAUCAAAUCUCUCAUAACGUUUAUUAAUGCUGGCAAAAAGUCAUCACGUCAAUCUCCUAAACCUGUUGCAGCAACAAACCAUCACCAAAAAGCGAUGACUGAAAUGAUUGAUAACAUUAAAAGAGGAAACUUUCGUUUAAAACCUACACCUAAGGCAGCUCCUGUGUCUUGUGCUCAUGAGGUUGAAGAUUCUGCUGUUGGGGAAAUGCAGAGAAUACUGAAUGCUGUAAAAAGCAAAAAUGAUGCUGCUAGCCCUUCUGAUUUGGAAAAAAGGGAUAAAAUCCUUAGCGGUGCUAAAGAAUUACAUUCCAAAAGGCAACGAUUAUUUUCAGACCCACACUUAGAUGAAGAAUUGCAAGUAAUUUUUCGUAAAAAGAGCUUGGUCAGCCUACUGUCUAUUGAUGAUUCCAUUUCUACUCAAGCUGACUGUGAUAAAAUGAAAGAUUCAGAUGAAUCUCUUAAUAGCCUUACUAGUGAAAAAACUACAGAAAAGGAUGAAAAUCAAGGCUUCGCUACUAGAUCAGUGUUCCGGACAACUGUGGGGCAAAGCCUUCCAGCCGAUUGGGAGGAAAAGAAGCAGAAGUUUCUGGCCUACGUCGAAAGGCUGAAGAUUGCAAAGAACUUCCAGCCAUCACAACUUGUGAACAUGGAUGAAGUCCCCUUGACAUUCGACUGCCCGCCGACAAGAACAAUUGAAGAAUUGCAAAACAAAUUAAAAGUAAUGGAUGAAAAUAAGGUAGCUAAGGCAGAUACUGAUGACAUCACAAAGCAUUUAAAGCUUGCUGAGCAGCAAUUAUAUACAUGUGAAAGGAAAAAUGCUACUCUUGAGCACAAAAUUCAGGAGCUUGAAUGCCAUAAUCAAAGGUUAAAGGCUGGCAUACUCCCUGUGAAUGCUGUACCACCACCACCGCCUCCACCACCACCUCCACCACCAUCUUUCAAUCCAAUCAACCUUUAUUUAUUAUUCAUUUCUUUAUUUGUAGCUGUUGCAGCAACAAACCAUCACCAAAAAGCGAUGACUGAAAUGAUUGAUAACAUUAAAAGAGGAAACUUUCGUUUAAAACCUACACCUAAGGCAGCUCCUGUGUCUUGUGCUCAUGAGGUUGAAGAUUCUGCUGUUGGGGAAAUGCAGAGAAUACUGAAUGCUGUAAAAAGCAAAAAUGAUGCUGCUAGCCCUUCUGAUUUGGAAAAAAGGGAUAAAAUCCUUAGCGGUGCUAAAGAAUUACAUUCCAAAAGGCAACGAUUAUUUUCAGACCCACACUUAGAUGAAGAAUUGCAAGUAAUUUUUCGUAAAAAGAGCUUGGUCAGCCUACUGUCUAUUGAUGAUUCCAUUUCUACUCAAGCUGACUGUGAUAAAAUGAAAGAUUCAGAUGAAUCUCUUAAUAGCCUUACUAGUGAAAAAACUACAGAAAAGGAUGAAAAUCAAGGCUUCGCUACUAGAUCAGUGUUUGUCUCAAAUGCUUGUCAUAUGAUCUCGGAUGUGAAAGAAAAUGUAAGAAAAAGUUUUUGA